CCAACAGCUAGUCGACAUGUGCAUGUGUCUUUUUAAAAGGGUGUAAGGAGUGAGACCUGCUUUUCUCUGGGUAGCGAGCACAAGGAUUGGACCUUGUUCCUAAUAGUCUGACUUUAGUUAGGAACAAAGUAAAAACAAGCAACUAAUUUUAACCAUUUCAAGUGCGACAUAACAGUGACAUGAAGUGGGGUUGGGUGCUUUUAGUGGUUCUGCUAUCUUUUGCUUAUCUGUGUUGGAGUGAAAAGGGCCUGGAGUUCCCUGAAUAUGAUGGGAAGGACCGUGUCCAUCAACUGACCAGCAAGAACUACAAGUCUGUAAUGAAGAAAUAUGAUGUUAUGGUGAUCUACUACCACAAACCUGUUGGCGAGGACCGCAUGUCCAGAAAGCAAUUUGAAGUGGAGGAACUUGCUUUGGAGUUGCUAACAAGCCCUGCUGCCUUGACCUACCAGCUUGCUGCCCAGGUGCUUGAUGAUUUUGAGGAUGAGGAUGUUGGAUUCGGCCUGGUGGAUUCAAAGAAAGACAGAGCAUUUGCUAAGAAGCUGGGCCUGCUGGAGGUGGACAGCAUCUAUGUCUUUGCCGAUGAUGAGAUCAUUGAGUAUGAUGGCGAGUUGGCAGCUGGCACUCUGCUGGAAUUCCUCUAUGAUGUGAUUGAGGAACCAGUGGAGAUCAUCAGUAAUGACAGAGAGCUCAAAGGCUUUCAUAACAUCGAGGAGGACAUUAAACUCAUGGGCUACUUCAAGAGUGAGAAAUCUUCACACUUCAUUGAGUAUGAUGACGCAGCUGAGGAAUUUCAUCCCUUCAUCAAGUUCUUUGCCACCUUUGAGCCAAAAAUUGCUAAGAAAUUAAACCUGCAGAUGAAUGAAGUGGAUUUCUAUGAGCCCUUCAUGAGCAAACCUGUCACCAUCCCUGGCAAACCCUACAUGGAGGAGGACAUCAUUAGCUACAUUGAGGAACAUGACAGACCAACUCUAAGAAAAUUGGAGCCCCACAGCAUGUAUGAGAUCUGGGAAGAUGAUAUUAAUGGACAGCACAUUGUUGCUUUUGCUGAGGAGUCUGACCCUGACGGUUAUGAGUUCCUGGAGAUCCUGAAGGAAGUGGCUCAACAAAACACAGAGAACCCAGAUUUAAGCAUCAUCUGGAUUGAUCCUGAUGACUUUCCAUUGAUGGUGCCAUACUGGGAGAAGACCUUUGGCAUUGACCUCUCCUCCCCUCAGAUUGGUGUGGUGGAUGUUGAGGAUGCUGAUAGUGUGUGGAUGGAGAUGGAUGAUGAUGAGGACAUGCCCACCGCUGACGAGCUUGACACCUGGAUCGAAGAUGUGAUGACUGGCAAAAUCAACCCUGAUGAUGAAAAUGACUAUGACGAUGAGGAUGAGGAUGAGGAUGAGGAUGACAAUGAUGGUGAAGAUGAGGAUGAUGAUGAUGGUGAAGAUGAGGAUGAUGAGGAUGACGAUGAUGAGGAUGAUGAUGACAAUGAUGAUGAGGAUGAAUAAAUUCUUACCUUCAUCUCAGGCAUCACUUCGCUGUCAUACGCGUGUGUUUGUGACAUUAAGAACUCAUCAGUCUCCAAAUAUUCAGCCAUUGCAAACUGAGCUGUCAUGCGGUCUGGAGGACUUGAGAAACAUUUUGUCUUGUCGUUUACUCUGCACCAAUAUAAUCAUUCUUCAGAAAAAUAAACAUCAUAUUCAAGGAUCACUGCACCUGUUUUACUCCCCAUGUAACAUCUAAUGAGAAUGUGUGUGCUAAAGAAGCAGGUGUUUGUUAAACAGUGGAAAAGCCUUGUAAUUAUUUAGAUCUUUUUUUUUAUUGACUUUCAAGAGAAGUCUUAACCUUCCAUCAUCUGGAAUAUCACAAAUAAAAUUAAAAAGAAAAAAAGAAUGUUUCCCU